AUGUCUGAUUGCGAUAAAGUUAAGACCAAAUUAAAAAUUAUAAAUGAAAUAGAAAAACUGUGGAAAAAAUGGGAUAGACUGGUAAAGGAAAGAAAUAAAUUUAACGAAGAAACAAGACGAAACUUGGAUGUAAUGGAAAAUUUUGGUGCAAAAGAAAGGAAAGUAAUUACCAAUUACAAGAUACUAGUACAUAGAUUUAACGACAUUUGUAACUCGAUGAUGACAACGGAAACGGAAAAUCAAUUUAAAAAUUUGCAUGAUAACCUUGAAGACAGUAUAUCGAUAAACAGAACCAAAGAUAAGAUAGAAAUAGAAAAAAACAGAUUGUUGUGUGAUAUGGAAAAAGUACAACAAUACGAAAACAGCCUAGAAAUAGAAAAAAAUAUAGAAAAACGUGAACAAUUAAUGACAACAGACUUAAAAGAAAUGAUCAUUCGAAUAAUGGAUAAAAGAAGAGGUCAAAUCAGAAUAGAUAGUUGUCAGAAAAUAAGUGAAAAUAGGGUCAGAAUGAUUACAAAUCACGAAGAAAUAAAAGAAGAAGUCAUAGAACAUUACAAAAAUUGGACAUGCGCAAGAAAUUUCGAUGAAGAAGAGUUUGAUAGAAAUUGGAAUCAAUAUUACAACAAAAUCGAUACUAUUGAUGAACACAUAUAA